AUGGCGUCCACGUCGGUCGCUAAGACGGUGAACGGCGCCCACCACUUUAAGAUUGCGAGCUACUCCCUCUCCAAGGGGAUCGGGUGGGGAAGUUCAUCGCCUCCGAGUCCUUCAACGCGGGGAUGGCGCUGGCUACCUCUCGCUAUGUUGGUGAGGCACGGGAAGGUGGGUGAGGAGAAGGUCACCGAGGUCAGGUGGUUCCUCGACUCCAGUGCGGUGCCCGGCGUGCCUGCUGGACCACCCAAGUCGUCGGCUAUUGCUAGGUGGGAGAACUUUGCGAAGAGGGCGGGGUUGGCCAUGAACCCCAUGGGGAGGAAGCUGUUUGAGGUGAGGGAGGUGAAGCAGAGCAACUUGUGUGUUACGGCGGAUGUUGGGACAGCAAAAGAGCUACUUAAGCUUGCUGACGAGGUCAAUGCGACCGUGCGCGAGACGGAGGUGCGGGGCGCACUGGCGCAAGACGGGAGGCACAGGGCGCAUGCUACGCGAGGCGGGUCCAGUGCGACCAAGCGGCGCAGGCGUGAGGCGGGUAUGUCUCUGUCCGGACGGACGGACGUCCUGAUAGAAGCAUUACCGAUUUCAAAAUAA